GCGCGCGAUAACGUCGGGUGCGCGCGAGCGGCCCGCGCACAGUCGUACGUUCGUCCGUCCGUCUUCGUGCCCGCUCGGUCCGGCUCGUCCGUGCGCACAGGCCGCGCUUCGGGCAGCCGCCCCCGCUUUGUUCGCGCGAACGGUAAAUAGAGCGAGGCGGCCCAAGCUUGCGUCGCCGUGCCGCGGGAUUAAUCGACUACGGGGGGGCUGCGGGAUUUCGCCUCCCCCCCGCGGCCGCGGAGUGCAUCGCGGUGGUUGCGACGCCGCGCCGCGCGCGUCACGGCCGACACGGGAACAUGAGCGCGUACGCGGUUUGGAGGAUUCCGCCGCGCGGCCGACGACAACAUCCCCGCGCCGAGGAUUCCGCGCCGCCCCAGCCACGGGAUCCGCCAGCCACGGCACCUGCCGCGCGGCAGCGGUGCGUCGCGUGAGUCGGCCUGUAACGAGGUAGGGAGUCUCGCGGUCGGGCGAUUAUUAUACGCGGACGCCCCGCCGUCCUGCCUGUCGUCGUGCCUGAAAUGGACCUGCCGGGCGCGACGCCGCGCCGCGAGUGCGCGACUCGCCGAUGAGCGGCCGUCAACGAGGCGACGUCCCGCAGCGAGCACAGCGUCGCGACGCCGCGACGCGGUCGCGCGUGCCGUCGUUAAUCGGGGCCGAGAUCGCGCGACGUUCCCUCCUGCGGUCGGAAGUUGGCCGCGGUAGACCUGCCGGCCCGUCGGCAAUCGCGCCGGAUCGGAGUGAGACGCGUCGCGCGAGUGAAGAAGCGACGAGGGGUGGCGUGUACGCCAAGUGAGUGGCCCGUGGACCGAAAGUCACGGUUGUCGUGCACGUCGACGAGUGCGUCGGAUGCGUGUCAAAGUGCAGCAGCCGCGGCAGCGGGGCGCCGGGAGAAGAGGUUAGGCGAGGCCGACACCCACCGAGCGAGUCGAUCAGCUGUUCCACGGCGCCGACAUCAUCGUCGUUUCGGACGCAGGUAGUCCCGAUGCUACUCCAUCAAGAGGACCACAUAUGGGACAUCCUUGCCUCGAGUACUUCUUGGCGCGAACGUGAGUGAAGGAAAAAGGGACGAUGUUGUCGUACAUGCUGCCGACGGAGGACAAGCCACCGCCCGGCGAGCCCAGCAGCCAGCAGAACAAUUAUCGCGUGACCGGCAAGCUGCAGAAGAGCACUGCCGUGGUGAGCGCGUCGCCGAGGAAGUGCACGGACGCGACUAGAGCGAUGAUCGUCUCCACCAGGAUUGAGGAGCCGGCCGGCGGCGAUCCCGUCGGCCGGCACGGCUCUCCUCGGCCGGUCGAGAGCCCGAAGCACAACGGGACGACUACCGCGAGGAAAUCGACCCUGCACAACGCCAACAGGGUCACUAAGGACGACAGCCUCUACAGCAUCGACAGCGUGGCCAGCACCGCCGGCAGCGAACGCAAGAACAAGAUUCUGAACGGCGCGAAGCACGCUAGCCUGAAGAGGGUAUCCUUCGGCUCGAGCAAAGGAUCGAUGGUGGAAACCCUCGUUUACGAGACCCCAGUGCAAGAGGAACCUGAGAUCAAUCACUUUCUGGACCACAACGGCCGCCUACCUCCUCCUAUGAUACCUGUGCCUGAUACUGACGAAGGUAGAGAAAAAGUACGCGUCUCGUUGUUGGGCCCACAACCAUCGCCUGCGACGCCAGGUGUUCUCUUGCUAGAGCCGAUCACGCACUCGACAGGACACCCGAUAAACAUGGCCAACAAUCCUGCGGAACUUCUGACCACGCACACCGAGCACACCACACCCGCCUACCACGCGCAGAUCAGUACGGACAGCGGCUGGGACAACCCGUUCAGGCCGGACGGCGAUCUCUCUCGGGAAGCCGAUGAGAUCGUCGAGCUGAUAAAGGGCGGCAAGCCGAUCACGCCAACCCCGGGUCAAAACGCGCCGCCGUUGCCGGGAUGCGAUGGCAAAUCCGGCGACUCGAGUACCAGUCCACUCCUCAAAUCCGGGAAUUGUCAUUCGUCGCCGAGGCCGGGCCAGGAGAAUGGCAGCGCACAUGGUGGCACUCCUUCCAAAUCCGGCAACCAGCCUGUCAAUGAAAAGGUCGGCUCGUCUCGGACCGCGACGGUGGAAGUCGCGAGGAUGACGGCGCAAGGUCCGGGCGACGCAUCACAGGUCGAGCACGUCACCCUGAAGAAGAAGCCUAAGUGCAAGUGCUGCGUGCUGCAGUAAUGACCGCGCGACGGAGGCGGCGGGGACGCGCACGUGAGACGAACCCUCCUUCAUUAUCGGGAGCGUGACUUCAGCUUCGAGGCUACCGAAGAAGUCACGGCUGGGCAGUUCGAAGCAUCGAGAACGCAUCGAUGAAGAAGCGGCUCGAGGAGGAUGCCGAGAAAAGCGCCGGCAUUCUAAACAUGCUCGGGGCCUGAAGAAUCGAACGGGUCCAGAAAAUGACUUCUCGGAGAGAGAGAGGGGGAGAAAGAAAAGAGAGUUUCGUCUUUGAAGAAACGUGGAGCGGAAGUAUUUGAAACGAAAAGAAUGUAAUUGCGAAUAAAAGAAAGCGCUGUCAGAUUGUUGGGAAUCUGAAGAAUGAAGUGGACAGUAGGUCGAACAAGAUGUCAAAGCAGCUUCGUGUCUUUUUAAUCACGAAAAAUUAAAAGGGAACAAGAAGGAAUAUAUCGAUGGGAACGAAAAGAGGAUUUAUCAGAAUUUAAAGAAAAUGGGGCAAGAGCUUAUCGAUUCUUGUUGAGGAGAUUGGAAUCUCUCUUGAGAUGUUCUGGAACAUGGAGAUUGAAGCUAACUCUUGCCGUGAAAGAUUUAACUCUCACCAGGCUACCUCCGGUUUUCGAGCACAGGGAAGAAGUCCACGUGGAAGAUGAGACGAGGAACGAAUCGUCAGUGCGCGAACAUUGAACCGCUUUUGACAGUGAUAUUUUAUGAAGUUUAUUCAUAAAAUGUUCAUUUUAUGACGCGAGAGACCAGAGCUAGGAAAAAAAACGGGAGAAAAAAAGAGAAAGAAAAAGAAAUCUAUAUAUAUAUUAUACAUACAAAACUAUAUUGUAGAUACAGAAUGGUAGCUGUAUAGCUUAUAUGCUUUUACUAUCGUGGUUAAUUAUCGUCAGGAUUAUCGUGAUUUCAAGAAUGCGUCGUGCGCGUAGAGCGAGAAAGAAACAGAAAGAAUGCGUGAGAGAAAGCGCGAAUGUGCGAGAGAGAAAGGGAGAGAUAACGAUGAAUGAUAUGACUAUAAGGGGAAGAGUGUGCGCGACGAGGCAUGUAAAGUUCCGCGGGACGUCAUUCGUCCGUUAGAUCUCGGUGCGAGCAGAUAUAUCGCCGUUUCUGAGGAAGCUAACUCGGCAGCUUUGAUCAAUCUUUUUUUAAUGCACUGCGAAGGGUAUUCGACGCGUCGAACAGCGCUGCAUACAGAAAGAGUGUGGCAAGAUAUACCGCGUACUCUGUUGCGUCUACGAAUUUCUUGAUCAAUUUUAAGUUGAUUUUAAUCAUUUUACUAACAACAUUUCAUUUGUGAUCAAGAAAGAGUAUGCGGUUUCCGGCACAUUCUACGAUACGAUAGAUAAGCAUUUUAUUUUAUUAAAAUGCAUCGAAGAGUUCUGUAGGUAAAAUUCCUCUUCCUCUUCUAUAUUUCAAACACAAUUUCAUUGUUUAAAAAAGUUCUAUCAUUCUUUUCCUCUCGCUACCUUUAUUUCACCUCUGAAAAUUUAUAUCGUGGAAUUUUGAUAUACAGUGAGAUCUUCGUAUUCUCGAAGGUAAAUUAUAAUAAUAGAACAGGGUCGGACAACCCUCUCUCAUAAAAACAGACGUAACAAGGCAUAAGUGGGUGACCAAACAGGAAAUGGUCUCAAAUGCUUAAAAGUAAUGUAGCUAAUAAUAUUGAUUAGUAGAAGGUACUGGUUACUAUCUACAUUGGCUGCGUUUCAAAACUAAUGUUUGAACGAUCGACAUUUCAAAAAUGUAUUUGAUCGUAGAAAUAUUUAAGAUCGUUAAUUGAUAAUUUAUCAUUGUGUUUUAACGUGUGAUCGCAAUGGACGUUAAUGAAGAUUAUAAAUCUUAUGAUUAUGACGGAUACAAUAAUCACAGUAGAUUUUAGCAUGAAUUUUACUACAUUUAUAUUUAUUUCGUUUUUCGUGUCAUCGGGAAUGACACGAACGAGAAAUGUUUCUUCUCGAUUAUUUUCCUUUUGAAGUCUUUGAUGCUGGUCCCGCAACUAGUAUCUAAUAAGGCAGCUUGCUGAUAGUGUUCCUAAUUUUACCUGCGGAACUCUAAAGAAAAAAGAUUAUUUUCGCGCGGAUAUAAAUAGCGCUUAACGCGUUAAACGCUAUUGCUCCUACAAAGUCGAGAUCGAGUCUUGAGAAUCUUCGCGCGUAUCUCUUUUAGAAUAUCGUUGAAUCAGUUGUUGGUUGUCCUCGAAUCGGUAAGUCCGCUCUCAAUUUUGUCCGCCACAAUGUGAAAUUCAUCCCGAAUCUUUUUUUUUUAUAGUGAUCGAUAUACACGUGAGAUUUUGUAUUGUAACAGAUUAUGCAAAGUAUUCGCGACUUUGAUUGCAAAUUUUUUAGGAAUUUUAGGAAAAUUGAAAGGGGAGAAUGAGAGAAGUUAUUUUUCUCUUGCGGUCAAUCAUGGUGAACAGAAUCGCGCCUUUUUGAACAUGCCGAGGGUUCGAUCUUGAGGCCUCGUCAUGUUCGACCGAGUACCUAAGUGCAUUUCGUUAAUUAUCAUCGUGAGCGCCGCCAGAAUUUUUUAUAGGGGCACGCAUAAAAUUGUUGCCUACUUUUUGAAAGUCUAAAACAAAAAUCUCGAGUCUUUUAUAUAUACAGAAGUGCGUUUUAUUAUUGAACUGAAAGUAAUUUUAGCAUUUCUUUCGUUGUUUUGCAAUAUUUAUGGCAUGCUGUCUUAAAAUUUUUAAUUAAAAAAUUUUAGAUAAAUGAAUUAAUUAAAAAAUUACAAUCAAUUAAGCAUCUCCGCUCUUUUUAGUCCUUGGGAAAUAUUAAUGAGCGUGCCCUUUUGUUCUUUUCUCACGACGCCCAUGAUUUUUAUUGUACCUGCGUUGAUGAGUUCCGCGUUCGAUUAGGGCGAGCUGAGACAAAAUGAAUCACUAAAAACUCGUGAUUACAAACUUCAAAUUACAUAAUUUCAAUUCUAGAAACAUGAUAGAACAAUCGGUUUCAAAUUAGUCGCAGCAUCUGUCGUUAAAAUACAUAAUUCAAUCGGAGACACUUUACUAGCUCGGCUUGUUUUAAUCGACGGUGAGGCGGAAGGACGCGAGGUGCCGGGGGGAAAAGAAACCGGAUCAUUCGGACGGUGUCGAAGAUACUAUUUUCCUAAUUAACGAGCCGCUCGAGGAGGAAAUCCCGGCGCCUCCCCGCUGCCGCGGUGGCGAUUUUUAAUGGACGAAAACAAUUUAUUGUGCGAACUAGUCGAAGGUAUCGGGAGGUGUUAACUCUUCGUGGCGGCGAUCACAUAAAAUGUCUUUUGUAUCAUAAUUGUUUUAAAGUCCUAGUUGCAUAUAUACAAUAUAUACAAGGGAUACAUUACGAGAGGGAGUGUAUUACGAGUGGAGAGUCACUGCAUCGUUGCGUGCAAAGCGCGAAGCUAAAUCCUUUUAAUUUUAACUCGUAAAAAAACAUACGCCCCACCCCCUUCUAAACGAUAUCAAUAAUUUAUAUCGAACGGUAUUGAUAAUUCGAUUUUAAGUCUCGUUAGAAUAUAGCGACGAACGUAUGCAACGGAGUAUAUCUUUACUUUUCUUAUUCUUUUAUCUGCUCUGACAAUGUGCCCUUUCGCAAAACUUGCGUUAAUUCUCGCGAGGAUCCGUAAAGGACUUCGACGGAUCCGGAGAUAUUCAAUAUUUCGCGUGCCGCGAAGAGCCGAUCGAGCGCAGUUUGCGCAGCGCAGUGCAAACGAGAGGAAUCUGUAACGCGCAUACCUACACACGAGAACCUCUUAACGUCUGUUCCCACGCAAAAUGUUGACUCUGCUGAGCUUACAGAUAUUAAACGAAUAUUAAAUGUCUUGUUAAAAAAAAAAGAAACGGUUUGUGAAGGAUAUGUUGUCUGUGUGAUACGAGGCCUACGAAGAUGGAUCCAGAAUAAUGUUAAGCGCUGAUGAUUAAAAUUGAGAUCCAAAAUUCACGGAUGAGAGAAUAAAACGAGUUUCGCAUAGAGAACAAUUUGAAUGAAAAUUAAUUAAUUAAUUAGCAUUCUUCUUGCUCUCCAGACAUGGUAUCGUGAAGCGUGCAGAAAUUGAUAAGCUCGGAUCUGUUCUUGUAGGUCAACGGCGCCUCCUAGCGAAAUCCCCGUCCAUCUCCCCUCGAGAAUCCAAAGUAAAUUACGGACUCAAGAUGAGAUGUAAACUCGAUGAGAGACGAACCACAAAAUGCAACUACCACGCUAUUAUUAAUUACUAAUGCUCAUAGCACGCCGGUUGUAGUGCGUUGCAUAAGACAAAUUAUUUACUGACUAUAUGCAAAAUAACCGAUCAAUUUAAAAUACCUCUCGACACCAUCUAUCAAAGUUACGGCGAUUCAGUAAUAAUUAACGGCCACUCUCGCCUGUAAAUAUCAUGCGCUGGUGAAUCGCUUUCUACCGGACGAAUCAUCUUUAUAUUUCAAGGAGUUGCAUAUUUGACUUAUGAAAAAAUCACGAGUCAGAUUUUUUCGCGUAUGAGCUUUACAUACCCGAGUACGAAUUCUGUGAAAUACCGGCGAAAAGUACACGCUGCGAUUAUUAGUAAUAUUGUGUAAUUAUUAGUAAUCGAUUGUCUUUUCGCCACGCAACAAAUUUUCAUCGUGCGUACGUACAUAAUUAGGGUUAAACUGAUGAAACAUAAUUUUGCAAGUCGAA